GGACACAGGGACUGACCAGGAAUAAGAAGGGACUGACACUGUAAGCUGCAUCAGGACAGUAGUUAGGAUAGGGAUACAUGCACUGAGAGGUGCUGUGUGAUCGCACACUGGAGGAAGCUUCAUCUUCUGCAGGUAAGGCCUCUCUUCUCUCUUCACAAUGGAGCAGUCCCUUGCUCGUCAGAACACAGGCGUGAUGCCAUACCUGGUGGCUGCAGCUCAGAUCUUGGGGGUGGCAGUAUUGGCUAUCACAGGGACAUGGCUGUUGCAUUACAGAGGAGGCUUCUCCUGGGCGGGACCAGAGCAGUUCAACCUCCACCCACUUUGCAUGGUGCUGGGAAUGGUAUUUCUAUGUGGUGAUGCUUUACUGGUGUAUCGAGUGUUCAGACAUGAGACUAAGAGGGCCACUAAGAUACUGCAUGGAGCAUUCCAUGUCAUGGCACUGAUCAUCUCUCUUGUAGGGAUCAUUGCUGUAUUUCAGUUCCACAAGAAGAGCAAUAUCCCAGACAUGUACAGCUUGCACAGCUGGUUAGGCAUCACUACCUACAGCUUCUACAUUCUGCAGUGGAUAAUGGGUUUUAUCCUGUUCUUCGUGCCUGGAGUGGCCUUUGCAUACAAGAGUCGUUUUAAGCCGCUACACGUAUUCUUUGGCAUGGGUCUCCUGGUUAGCACAAUCGCUACCUGCCUGCUCGGCCUGACGGAGAAAGCGCUCUUCACAAAGGAGUUGAAAUACUCUGAGUUGCCACCAGAAGGUGUUCUCAUUAAUUCAUUAGGAGUGCUGCUGGUAGCAUUUGGUAUGGUGAUUGGUUACAUCCUUACACGGGAGGAGUGGAAGCGACCACCGUUACCCGAAGAGCAAGCUCUCUCCAUUGACUUCAAAACGCUGACAGAAGGGGCAGACAGCCCAACGGAGCCCUAAACGCACAAUGUCCCCCUGCCACAGUCAUUGUAAAUGGUCGUUGUUCUUC